UGUUUUUGAUUAGUUAACAACUUAAAAUUAUGCUAGCAGCUGCAUUAAUUGCUUUGGCAACUGACCAAAGGAAUAUGUUACGAGUUCAUAGACGCCAUUUAAGGGAUGCAACUGACCCAUUUCAUUUACCAGAAGCUCGGUUUGAAGAGCUUUUUCGCUUUAAAAAAGAAGCUGCAAUUGCUCUAUUGAAUGAAAUAAGUCCUUUUAUGAAAAACGGAGAAAGAGCCACGUUUAUUCCAAAGGCACUAAGGAUGACUGGAGCACUGCAUUACUUUGCAACGGGAUCGUUUUUAAGGGAUGUUGGCCAGGAUUUCGUUUGCUCUUUAAGUAAAACAAUGGUUUGUCGUUCUAUAAAAGAAGUUACAUACAUCAUAGAAGAAAAGUUGAUGUGCAAUUAUAUUAAAUUUCCAACUACACUGGAGGAUCAAAGAAUUAUAAGUCUGCACAUUCUCAUGUGCACCUUUUUUUCUGCUACUGGUUUUCUUGGGUGCAUUGAUGCUAUUGAUUGCACGCACAUAAAGAUUAAAAAGCCAAGAGCCGAUGUUGAGAGCUGCUAUAUUAAUAGAAAAGGAUAUUUUUCAAAAAAUGUGCAAUUAUUAUGCGAAUACAACCUUAACAUAUUGGCUGGCAAUGCACGUUUUGGUGGUAGUACCCAUGAUGCAUUCAUAUGGGAAAACAGUAAAUGCAAGGAGUUUUUGGAAAGACAAUAUAGUCGUGAUGCAAAUACAAGUUGGCUGAUUGGAGAUUCUGGAUAUCCACUACAGCCAUGGCUAAUGACGCCGUUUCGAAAUCCGGAAACGACUGGCCAAACCAAUUUUAAUUUUUGUCAUAUUCGGGCUCGAAACUGUAUGGAAAGACUAUAUAAUCAACAGUUUUGCCGGGGUUUCCAAUUAGAGCGGGUAGAUGCUGGCGGCUUGUUGAUUCCUCAUCAACAACUACCCGCGCUUAUUGAAAACCCUUUAUAUACACUGGCGACCAAAAGUACAUCGGCUAUGAAAUUCUAG